GUCGCUAAUGCAGCUGUAGUUUCGGAUGCGUCCCCAUCAUCCGAUGAUAGAGAAACACACACAGGAGCCGACUAACACAGAAACUAAACCAGCGACACACAAUGGCUCAAUGUACAGCAGCGACGGCCAGCGGUAAAGUGAACGAAGAUGGACAGACGAAGAGGAAAGUGGCGAUCAUUACAGGCAUAACCGGCCAGGAUGGUUCCUACCUGGCUGAGCUUCUGCUGGCUAAAGGUUAUGAGGUUCAUGGUAUCCUACGCCGAUCCAGUUCUUUUAACACAGGCCGAAUCGAGCACCUCUACCAUAACCCUCAAACCCACACAGAAGGAAGGGUUGGAUCCUGUAAAAGUUACAUGAAGUUGCACUAUGGUGAUUUGACUGACAGCACAUGCUUGGUGAAGAUUAUCAAUGAAGUCAAACCCACUGAAAUAUAUAACCUGGGAGCACAGAGUCAUGUCAAGAUCUCCUUUGACCUGGCCGAGUACACGGCAGAUGUUGAUGGGGUGGGAACCCUGCGGCUGCUGGACGCUGUGAAGACAUGCGGUUUAACCGAAACCGUCCGCUUCUACCAGGCCUCCACCAGCGAACUCUACGGGAAAGUACAAGAGAUUCCCCAGAAAGAGACCACUCCGUUCUACCCCCGUUCUCCUUAUGGUGCUGCUAAGCUCUAUGCAUACUGGAUAGUGGUGAACUUCAGGGAAGCCUAUAACCUCUUUGCUGUGAAUGGAAUCUUGUUCAACCAUGAGAGUCCUAGAAGAGGUUCAAAUUUCGUAACUAGAAAGAUCAGUCGCUCUGUGGCGAAGAUCCACCUUGGCCAGCUGGAGUGCUUCAGUCUGGGUAAUCUGGACUCUAAACGAGAUUGGGGCCACGCUAAAGAUUAUGUGGAGGCUAUGUGGCUAAUGUUGCAGCAUGAGACCCCUGAAGAUCUCGUCAUAGCGACAGGAGACGUGCACAGCGUGAGGGAGUUCGUGGUCGACGCCUUUAAACACGUGGGCAAAACCAUAGUGUGGGAGGGGAAGGAUGAGAAGGAGGUGGGCCGCUGUCAGGAGACAGGAACCAUCCAUGUGAAGGUUGAUUCAAAGUACUACCGGCCAACUGAAGUGGACUUUUUACAGGGAGACAGCUCCAAAGCCUUUAAGCUGCUGGGCUGGAAACCACGCGUGACGUUUAAGGAGCUGGUUAAAGAAAUGGUGGACGCAGAUAUUGAGCUCAUGCGGAACAACCCGAAUGCCUGAGCUCACACGCCUUAAGCCUCCACACUUGCCAAAGGAGCGAUUUUCAUGUGUUUGUGUGUCUGUGAUUCGGCCACGGGAAGAAGCUAUCUACUGCAGUUCUUUUCAUCUUUAAUUUUUCUCCCCAUUUUUAGCCUUUUUACCCCACUAUUUUAUGAGGGACCCUGGUAUGGCCUUUCUGCUGUCAUGUUUCAGGUUAUGUGUAUGAAUUGUUUGUUUGUUUUGUCUAAUUAUUUUCUGUCCAUUUUUAUGAAGGUGUUUUUAUUAUAAUUGAUGAAAAUUUUAAGAAUUAAGAAUUAAAAGAUUUUCUAGAUCUUUCAAA